AUGAGUUUUAUCGCAUCAGCAUCCACUCAGACAAGCUCCAUCGUCGUCCAUUAUCCUUUGGAAACGGUAUGGGCUGACGUUCGAACACUCGCAUUUGGCUGGAAGGCUAUCAAAGAUAUCAAGGGAAACGUAAAUGAAGUUGGCGGAACUCGCACUGUCAGCUUCAAAGACACAACUAUUCAAACAUGGAAACUCCUAGAGCUCUCAGACUUGGAUCACUUUGUCACUUGGGAAAUCGUCGACUCGGAACCAAGCAUCGCAAUCAUGGCUGCUUCAAACACAAUCAAGUUGCGACGUGUCACUCAUGACAACUCUACCUUCAUUGAAUGGUCAACCUACUUGCCAUCCGCAGAUACGACCGCAAAUGCAUUGGAAGACGCCAAAUUCAAAAAGGCCGAAGCUUUUGAGGAUUUGGUUGCUCAUCUCUCUGCCAAAAAGUAG